UAAGGUUCCUGUCCGAAAGGGCGUGGGUUCAAAUCCCACUGUCAACAAAAAAAAUUUUUGGUGUGUGUUUUUAAUACGCUGGCGUGUCAGAGUGUACUGGCCAUAAGUGCAUUCAUAUUAUCAGGCUGUAUUUGUCCCUGUUAGCAGACAAAACUAGUUCACCAGAUUAAUGAGCUGUGCCAGAAGCUUCAACUGAAUCAGCUGUGCUCGUAUUCGAAGGAGGCUUCAAAGGCUUAGGACCAGAUAUGAGGUAGGCCUCGCCUUCUCUAAAUUAUUUUAUCAAUUAAAUUUUACAAAAUAAAAAAAAAGGAAAUAAAUCAGCGAAGUAGAACCCUAGAGAGCAUAGGGCGUCGUGUAUAAACAAAAAUAAGAAAAAGGUCGAUAACAAAGCAGCCUACACAUAUUAGAGUUUUUGAGUCUUGAUUUAAUUAAAGAUGGAGCAGCAACCAAACGUUAGUUUCUUCGUUUCCUAGUGAUCUAACCUCAGAGAUACUCUUAGGGUUGCCUGCCAAAUCUGUUGGGAGGUUUCGUUGCGUGUCGAAGCUUUGGUUACCAAUCACUACCGAUCCAUCUUUCAUCGAGUCCUUCAAAACUUCACGGCCAAGUCUUCUACUCUGCUCAAUAAAACAUCACAAUUUAUUUGUUACCUCGAUCGAUAAAGAUGUCUGAUUGGGGACCCGUUUUUGUUGCUCUAUACGUGUUGCUAACUCCAGGCCUGCUGAUUCAGAUUCCGGGAAGGAACCGAAUGGUUGAGUUUGGAACAUUUCAAACAAGUGGUGUUUCGGUUAUUGUUCACACCCUCGUCUACUUCACUCUUGUUUGUACUCUCUUGCUCGCUCUCCAAAUUCACAUGUACAUCGCCUAAUCUAAUAUUACAAAUAUGCUCUCCAUUAUUUGUUACUUGAAUUGUGUGUA